AUGUCGCGCCAAGAACAAGCAGCGCUCGUAGCGUGGAUCAACUCGUUCAGGCCCUCUCGGCGAAUCACCUCCUUUGACCACCUCGCUGAUGGGCGGGCGUUCAUGGAGCUGCUCAGCUCAGUGGACCCAACGCACUUCAAGAACCCGCCAGCUCGAGGUCCUGGAGCUGGACCGAGCAGUCCUGAUAAUUGGGUACUGAAGACUAAUGCUCUCAAACGUAUACAUCGCCUCCUCCUCUCCUUCCCACUCCCUCCGCCCCAUCACCCUCUCUCCGCAUCCACCCUUCUCGAACCCCCCUUCUCCGCCAUCGUCAAAUCCCCCUCUUCACCAGAAGGCACAGCUGGUCUCCUCCAGCUCGCUCGUAUGGUCCUAUGCGUGGCAGUCUGGGCACCAGGGAACGAGCGGGUGAUAGCCAAGAUCCAGGGGCUGGGGGAGGGGCACAUGGCGGAGCUUAUGAAGGCUAUUGAGGAGGUCAUGGGGAGUAUGCCGCCUGAGGAGAGUGGCGAAGGGGAAGAGGGGGAGCCAGAGGGCGAGGCUGGAGGGAUCAUGGGGAGGCUGAGUCGGAAGGACUCGCCAGUGAAGAAGGGGACGAUGCGCCCGGCUUCUCCUCCUGGAGCGCUGCGGGCGGAGCGGGACCGGCUUUCCCAUGAGAACGAAGAGCUACGAUUGAAGUGCGAGACCAUGGCAGACCAGGUCGACGAGAUGACUGCUACUCUCGAAGAGGCAAAAUCUGAAAGAGACGACGCACUCGCUCGAUUAGCUUCUUCCCGUGAGACGGGAGCAGCCAGCCUGAGGACCAGUCAAGGGGCAGGGAGUGAUGCUGCUAGUCUCCGAGCGGAGCUCAAAGCGGAAGAAACAGUCGCAAAGCUUCAGGACGACCUCUCUGGCAAGACCUCCGAGCUGGAAGAUCUGCGCACCGCGAUGGAGCAUCUAGAGGAGGAAGCGGCUGAAGCAGCCAAGAUGAAGGAUCAGCUAGAUGAGUUCCGAGGCAUGCAAGCGAAGCUGCAAAAGAGCGAGAACGUCAUCGAGAAGUACAAGAAGAAGCUUGACGAUGCAGCGUCCGUCCGGAGGGAACUCAAGAAUCUCGAAGAAGAGAAUGCCCAGCUGCUGAGCAUCAAUAAUGGCCUGGAGAGCGAGCUGCGGCGGGCUGGUCAGAGUAAAAUAGGGACGGAGGGUAGUCGAGCGCAAAUCGCCGCGCUGGAGAAGCAGACGGCGGAGCAGACGGUCGAGCUUGCAGGUCUCACAGCUCAGCUCGAGGCGGUCCGGAUCCAGUUGGCAGAAACAGAAUUGGCGCAUGAGCUAGACAAAGAGGAUCUUGAGCUGUACAGGCAGAAAGCUCGGGAGAUGGAGCUCGGUUCGAGCGGAGGUGUGCACAGCGAGGGCAAGACUCUGGCUGGUGAUCAGGCCGAGGGCGUGAAGGGCAGUCUUGAUGCUGAGCUGGACGCUCUGACGAGCCCGGCAGAGACGAGGACCGACCUGAAGCUUAAGAUCCGCCGAUUGGAGCGCGAGCUUGCCAGUCAUACUUCUGAUCCCAACGGCGGAUCAAGCUCCCAGACUUCGGUGCUGGAAUCGUUACUCGCGGACGCUCAGAAAUCUCGGGAUCGCUACCAAGCAGACUAUCUCUCCGCCAGUCGAGACAACCUCCAGCUCGAAGCGAGACUGGACGCUAUCACAAAAGGCAGAGAAGGGUCUGCUGCGAUGGCUGCUGCGUUGCAGAUGCAGCUGGAGGAGGUUGAGCGGGCGACGAAGGGUUUGGAGGAGGAGAUCGAGCUGGUGAGGCGGGAGGCGGAGGGUGUGCAGCGGGAACUGAGGGAUGCGAGGGAGGACUGCGAGUCUACUUCAGUCUUGACGCUGGUGGACAUAGACCAGCGAGAUGUGCUGAAAGCCCUUCGGCAGACGGCCCGUGAGGACGUAAGAGCGAUGGAGGAGCGCCUUGGGGAUAUGCGCGACCAAAUUGAUGGUCUGAAGGAGAAGGAUCGGUUCCGGCUGGAGGAGAUCAAAGUGCUUCUCAACCAGAAAGUGGACCUGCAGGCGACCGAUGUUGAUCAGCGCGAGAAAGCUGUCCUGAGGGAGAUGGAGUUUGGGGAUCUCAAGGCACAGUUGGCGAAGGGCGGAGUAUCUGCCCAGACCAGCGAGAGGCUUCUGGACCUCGUCGAGCUGAAUCAGUCGCUUCGGAGGGAGGUGGAACGGCUACACGCAGAUCGCUCAAUGGGCCAUGAUCUUUCUGCGCCGCCAGAGUCUGAGCCCGACUACUCUGUCUUCGAGGAAGCUCAAAAAUCAUACGAAUCCCAAAUCGCCCGACUUCAGGUGGACCUGGACGCAGCACGGUCAGAGUUGGGCGCCGCUGAGAAGCGGUACAAGCUCGAACAGGAUCUGAUGCUUUCGGCGUGGCAUGAUCUUGGGAACAAGGUGGUUCACGAGCAUUUGGCGGCUGUUUUGGGCGGGGCGAAGCGGAGUCAGUCGAAAGCUGUCCCGGUGGGCUGGUUAGGAAGACAGAGAAGAUGGAAGGAGGAUGCGAUCUUUAGUCGGUAG